AUGAACUAUACCUACAUUGUAGAAUCACUUUUCUUUAAUGAACAAAUAGAAAAUGAAAUGUGUGAAUUUAUAUAUGGUAUAAAAAUAACAAAAGGUGAAAAAUACUCAAGAGCUUCCUUGAAAAAUGCUAAUUUUCCAAAACUUCAUGCCACACUUGAUGGUACUUUAAAAGAAAUGAAAAGAUUAGGAAUAGAUGCUCCAAAACUACAUGAAGGUUUAACAAAUGAGGAAUUAAAAAUUAUCUUAUCUAAUAAUGUCAUGUCUUCAAAUGAACCUGAAGGUAUUAAGGGUGUGGCUGAAUCUAAUACAGAUAUUCGUAAGUAUAUUUUAAUGAGACCUUUAAAUUGUAAAACUAAAACAUUUUAUUUAGGAAUCUCAACAAAUGCAUCAGGACUUGGAGAAAAACGAAUUAGAGGAAUGGCAAUUUCAGUUAUGCAAAGAUUGACUGGAACUGUAGAACAUGAUGGUAUUAAUAAAGAUGAUGCAUUACAAGACAAGAAUAAUAAGAAUGAAGAAGAACCAAUGGAAGUUAAACUUGAUGACAAUAUGAAAGAAGAAGCGCAAGUAUCACCAAAAAUCAAGGCACCAUAUCUAACUGACGAUAAUUAUUAUAAUCCAAAAAAUAAUAAAAAACCGACAAAUGAUUUUAUUUUUAGGAGAAAUUCUAAAUUUAGAUUAUUAGAUUCAAAUUUUUAA